AUGCUUUCUUCAGAACACAAUAUGCAGAUUGUAUACCAUGGGAUUUCCGUAGACUGGACCUUGGUACAGGGGAGCCAAUCAGCCAGGUUUAUCCGGUCCCCAACAUCUCCAUGGCUGGAAAACAGUUUUUGGUACAGGGAACAACCACCGCAAUCAACAGUCCACCCAAUUAGCUCUAAGGAAACCUUAUGGAAGCCAACACAUCCUUAUCUGGCACAAGUCAAAAUGACCGACUUAUACUCAGGCCUGCACUGCUGGGAGACUGAGAUUGACCUUUUCAAUUUUCCAUCUCUAAAGGACCACGCCCUUAUUGAAGGAGGUGCCGUGAUGCCCGGGGCUGCUUACCUGGAGAUGGCCUUUGCAAUGGUAAAGGACGAAUUCGUACAUACUUCUGGCCUGGAACUUGGUGAUGUGAAACUUUCAAGUCUUCUCACUCUUCCUGAAACACAGGUAAGCGUAGUAUACACAUAAAUUAGAGACAAGCCAUAUCAGCUAGGUUGAGGUUAUCGCAACUUUUUAUCCUUUGUUCUUUAGGUUAGAUCCUUACGACUUCGCCUUUUAAAGACCGACAAAAUAGACAAGGCUCAGUUUCACAUUACAAGCGUGCAGGACGACCAGUCUGAAAUUAUUUUGAGUAGUGGAAACAUCUCGGUCGAUUUCUUGGACACAAAAACAAACAGCGAGGAAGAAGGUAUUAUAAUAUUCAAAUGCAUUUGCCAUUCUCCAUUUAUAGCCUAUUUAUUUAUCCACCCAUUUAUAGUCAUGAUUGCAAGAGACUAUAACUAUCACAUAGAAAUUAAAAGGAGACAUUUCCCCGUUUUGGCCUUUUACAGCUUGCAAUCAAGUUGGCCCAGCCGUCAACGAGCUAAUCAGAAAUAUGAAAGAGGUGCCGAUUGAAGGAUUCAGAGAAUUAACUCAAAAGUAUGGCUUUCAGUAUGGUGGUGCCUACUCCAUCAUCAAACAGACAUGGCACCGCGAGCACGAGGGACUUUGUCUGAUCGAUAUCCACGAAUCAGCCAUCGUUCAAUCAGAAAGUAAAAAUUAUGUUGUCCACCCCUCCAUUUUGGACGCGUGUCUGCAGUCUUGCUUUAUCCCACUUGGAAUCUCAGCUACUGAUGAAAAAUCUGUUUUACCGGUGGGAUUUAAGGGCAUCACGCUGUAUCAUGUUCCAAAUACCAAUCAACUCUAUUGUCACGUCGUUGAGGAUGCCAAAGAGUUCGGGAAAUUCGACAUCACGCUUAUGAGUCCAUCUGGAAGGGUUUUACUAACUAUGAGAGAGUUCCGUAUCGCAGAAUUGAACAGCACACCACGCCGAUUUACUUCUGAUGGCCUUGUUUAUGAAAUGAAGUGGAUGGAAGAGAAUUUACAAGGACAAAGAGCAAUGGCGCCAAACUUGACCUGUCUUCUUCUCAGGGACAGCUCCCCUUUCUCAGACAUCCUAAUCGGCAAACUUCACGCUGCAAGAGUCAAUGUAAUCCCAGUUGAUCCACCCGAUGCUCUAUUUUUUGAUACAGAAACAAAAGAAACAAUCAGCAGAGAGCUUACUGCCCUACAUUCGAUCCCUUCAUCCAUGCUCAAAGUCGUCAACUUGUGGCCAGUAGAAACCACUCUCCUACCAAACAAUUUCGAUGUUAUCGAAAAAGCACAAAACCUCGCCUUCAGCAGCUCAGUUUUCUUAAUUCAACAGCUUACAAGAAACCAUUUUCUCGAUUCUCGGCUUCUGCUCGUGUCUGAAAGUACACAGCUCCUAAGUGCCACAACGAAAUCUCACAACGACUCCAUGCCUUGGGCUUCUACAAUCUGGGGUCUUCGCAGAACAGCAAAGCUCGAAGAGUCUGAUCUUAGGAUUACCACGAUUGAUCUUGGCGACAAAAAUGAUAAUGAUGAGAUAGAUUUGCUUCUUUCUGAAAUCCUUGGCGAUAGUAUGGAAGAAGAGAUUGCCUUUCGAGAUAGAAAGCGGCUCAUAAAUCGAGUUGUGAGAUCAAAUAUUUGCACCGAGCAGCCCACAAUACACAGUAAUGUUAGCGACUGGGGUUCUUUAUACUUGUCAUCCAUUCCUGCUUCACGGAAGGUCUGCUUUCGCCAGAGGAGUUUUUCGCGGCCAUCGCCCUCCGAGGUCACAGUAGAACUGCUUUAUUGCUGGACACCCUCUGAGUCAAUACUUGAUGUAGCCAGACCAGAUGCUUGUGUUUUCACCGUGGGAAAGGUGAUUCAUCUACAAAGGGAAGCUGCAAGUAAUCAGAUACAAAUUGGAGACGUUGUGUGCGGCGUUAUGGCGUCUGGACGAGUUUCUCGUUCCGUUCCCAUGCAAGUCAGGAACAUUUUUGCAAAGCCAGCUAUUUUGACGCAAGAACAAGCAACAUACAUCCCUGCCUGCCUUGCCAUAGCCUUUCACGCCCUACAACGGAUAGGAACGAUGGAAGAAAAGAAGAAGUUACUGAUUCAUCAGGCUCACCGUGGCCCUGGGCCUGUGGCAGUUGCCCUUGCAAAAGCAUUGGGUCAUGAAGUAUUUUGCACUAUCUCAGAUACUUGCCAAUCGGUGACAGAAUCCACCCUUCUAGAGCUGGGAGCAAAGAGUGUAGCACAUCAGAGUCUCACAAGUUUUGAAAAUGAUUCCAUCGACGCUUUUGAUGCAGUUUUGUUUUUCUACCCACCCUCUCCGAACGCUCUCCAAAAAAGCAGUCGACGUCUUAAACGUGGAGGAAAAGUCGUUAUCUUGGGAGCCGAAUUUGAUGGUGCCGUCGUGUUCCCUGCAAAGAAAAACGUCAUGUAUGUAAGAGAAAGCAUUUCAGAUAUCAUCCGAUCACCGCAGACUUAUCAAAAGCUCAGCUUAGAGAGUCUAGAGCUGCUGAAAGGUAGUGGAGUUCUGCAAAAGCUUCUGGAACUCAAGUUACUAUCGACAGACAUACCCACGGCAAUUGAAGCUGCAAACAAAGCCACUCUGAAAGACUCACCUCCGAAAAGGGUCCUGAGAGAAUUUCGAGGCAUUUCUUUUCUGGUUCACUCUUUUGCACCAUCUGAAGGAGGCAAUGAUCUUCUAACGAUCCCCGUGCUUCCACGAGGUCUGGAUGUGUGUGGUCUCAAAGAAAACAGAACGUACUUGGUGGCUGGGGGGACCAGAGGAUUCGGAUUUGAGGUGGCGCGUUGGAUGGCCGAGAAUGGAGCAAAGUCUAUAGGACUGAUUGGUCGUUCCAAGCUCUCAGAUACCGAGUAUCAAAAAGUACGAGAUUUAGAGACGAAGACAGGUGCAAAGUUCUAUACGUUCCAGGUAAUUUGGUGCGUUACCUUUAUGGCAGUCAAUAGUCAAACGGUUACUACUUCAUUUUCGCAACUAGAAAUGCUAAGUUGCAUUUGUACAAUACUUGGAAAGUAACUUUACCUGAAGCACAACGCACGCCAAGAAUUUUAAAGACUGUUUUCUAUUCUGUUUUUAUAGAUUGAUAUCUCCAGCCAAGAGCAAAUGUUUUCCUUACAAAAGCAGCUCCAGUCUCUUCCAAGUGUAGCUGGGAUAGUACAUUCUGCUAUGGUUCUCCGAGACGAAUACAUCAAAGAUUGGAAAUUUGAAAGUUUCGCAGAAGUUAUGGGUCCUAAGAUCAAAGGUGACUAUCGGCACUACUUCAUAUCGCAUACUUUAAUAUUUCCUUUAACAUCCUUUGUAUAUUUGAUUGACCCAAACAAAUUGAGUUAUACCUUUCAACACUUAUAAAUAUCAAAUAAUAAUCAUUCAACUUCUAGUCUGUGUUUGUUUUCCAUUUCAUCUUGUAUUAAUAUAUGAUAAAAGUGCGAUGAAAGUUCGAGUGCACCUAAACACACACGAUCAUAUCUGUUUACCAUAGGUGAAAGUAGCCCAAAUUAACUACGAAAACUAAGUGUACCUGAACAUUCAAAGACACUUGAGCACUAUCAAUUACUUAUUUUCAUUUCUUUAAAUUGGAUUGUGUAUAUAUUGUUAUCUGGAUAACGUAUUACAUAACAUAUCUUGAUUUUAUGAAUGAAAUGGAGAUUGUAAGUGUGAUAUUUCUUCUAGGUUCCUUUUUACUACACCAAAUGAGUUUGGAGAUGGAUCUAGAUUUCUUUGUUAUGUUCUCAUCUAUGGCAUCUGUUGUUGGAAUCGUGGCAUCUUCGUCAUACUCAGGCUGUAAUGCUUUCCAAGAUUCUCUUGCCCAGUAUCGAAGACAGGUACUCGGUUUGCCAGGACUUUCGAUAAACUGGGGACCAAUCAGUGGAGCUGGUGUGAUGCAACGGCAGAGUAAUAUUGCAAAAUUGAUGGCAGUUGGAGGACUGGGCUUCAUAAACGCCGGAGAUGGUAAAUAUGAUUUUUGUAACACGCUAAUGGUGGUUUUGUAUAUGAAUUUGAUUAUUCUCAUGGGUAAUAAUUAGUGGAUUUCAAAGACAAAAAAAUUAUAUCGUUGAGAAUAGUGAAAGCAGAUGAAAAUAAACAUGGCUUUUCAUAUAGUUUGUAAGAGAAUAGUUGCGUCCACUGCUCUUGAUGCUACAAGGUAAGCCGAGGAAGAGAAAUGAGCGUUUUACAAGUGUAGAUGAAGAAGCGGUUCACUCCGGGUAACAUUAGUUUAAGAUCGGCAGCUGACGGUUUUCAGCCAGUAGACGACAUUCUCUACUUAUCAAAACGUAAGCCACGUACUGGAAUUUUUCUCAAAGUACCCAGUCUUACCUAUUUCCCCUGUAUGAAAGGUGACUGCUUUUUGUACCUUAAGAGAAAAAUUGUUCAUCAGUAGUUUCCAUGGAAGAUUUUCGAUUACUUUUCAGGAGUCAAUCUGAUGGCCAAGGUUUUGACCGAGGAGCCGAGCCGUUUCCAAAUCUCUUUAUUUGGUGUGGACUGGCCUCGGUAUAUUAACAGUAAUACCGGACUACAAAAUACGCCCCGACUCUCAAUGUUCACCUCAGAAAUCAGUGUUUCUGAGAGCCAAACUAACACAGCAGAGUCUUUACUGCAAAGAAUUCGGUUAGAGAAGGACCCAGAUAAGAAAGGCGAACUUAUCGUUGAGUAUGUUCGCAUCUCGGUUGCGGAAUUGACAGGUAGUUCAUCGCUUUCAGAGACGGAUCUAAACAAAAGCUUGUAUAGCUAUGGUAUUGACUCCACUGCAGCUUUGACUCUGAAGAUGCUGCUUGAGUCAAACUUGCGGGUCUCUUUUUGAGGUGUGUAUGUCAUUAGAUAACUGAAAAACAAUGAAUUUGUAAUUUUCCCAGCUGGUGCAUUUAAGAAAGUCCCGUUGGAAUAUCCUUAUACGUAUCUUGUAACCAAAAUGUCUUUUAGUUUGCAUAGCAGCAUUGUUGUAGGAAAUACUCCAAUUAAGAACAAUUCAUUUCGAUUCAAAUGAGAGACGAUUCUCUUGAACCAUCGAUACUACUAAUUACACCCCUAUAUACCCAUAUAAGGAUCAUGCCCUCAUGUGUGUGGAUGGUUUAAUGGAAUUAAAAGUUUCUAUAAUCAUUCUUCGUACCUGGAAAUAGUGAAUAUUUAAUCAAAUUUAAACGUACGGUAGUGAAUUAUGUUCAAUCGAAACGUCGAUGCAUGUUAAACGUUUGAAACUCUUGUCUUUAGGUUUACUACUUCAUGCAGCCUGAUACUACUACACUAAAAAUGGCCAGGGACAUCAGUGCCAGGCUUCGUGGAAAAGCAAGCAGCCCGCAGAAUAGCGAGAGCCAAGAAAGUGCACCCGGACAAACUCAGUCAUCGGAGGAAACAAAUACUUCAGACAUGCCGUCCAAGAAGGAGGUUCAAGUCUUACCUCUUUACACUCCUGAGGGAUCAGCAAUAAAGUUCUUCUGUGUUCACCCUUCACAUCGCUACGCGUUGAAUUUGGUUCCCAUUUCUACCGGAUUUCAAGGACAGGUGCGUAUCUGACCGUUAUAGAAUUGAUUUAGCCCCUCAGCCAAUGACAUAAACAUCAUUUCAACAUCUUUUUUUUAUCAAUCACUUUACAUUUAGUUGUACAGCCAAAGAAAUAUUUUGCUGUCGUUGUUAUAGUUUCAAGGUAAUGUGAAUCCUGUGGUGACCAUAAGGCCGAGGUCGCUUCCCAACCCAGAUCUUAGAAGAUCGUGAAGUUUUAAGUAUCUGACUCUUUAGUUUUCCUCGCUUGACCCGGUAGCGAAAGGGGCUAGACAAUUAUUUGACGCAGUUUACAGGGGUUACAUAUUCUGGAGAUGAUAAUGAUUUCUUCUCCUCCGGAUCAACUCAUAUUCUUUAAACUUCGUUGAUUUGCACUUUCUCUUGCCCUUUAUAAAAGUACACGUCAGAGGUUUCAAACACUUUCAUCGUGUGGCUCGCAUCUUUUAUUCGUCUUUACUAGGACUUAGUAUCCUUUUAUGCUCUGGGCUUUACUGAUCCUACGGUCAUCAGUGAGGACUGGGGUGGAGUGCGUGAGCUUGCCGCUCAUUACGUUCAGCUGAUCACCAACGAACAGCGCCAUGGACCGUACUUUCUCGGGGGAUAUUCAUAUGGAGGACUUGUAGCGUACGAAAUGGCUUCCCUGUUAACAGAACAGAAUCAUAGGGUGGAGUUCCUUGUAAUGAUUGACACAUUCCCUUGGUCACUGCGUUCACGGACCAUAACCACUCGGUUAUUUUCCGCGAAGGAAGACGGAUGGUUGCCAUCGCGACAUGUUCAGGUUUGUUAAACAUUUCAAAGUUGUGUAAAUCUUUUAUAUUGAUUUAAAUUGUCUUCAUUGAAACUAGAAAUACCUCACUCAUAGACAUCUUCAUAAGGGAAAUGAAUAAAUUUUAGGAUUUUUGUCCUUAAUUGAGGAUUUGUGGACAUAUUGUAUUACCCAUGCCUCAUCUGGUGAUUUUAUGUUUAGUGUGACUCUUCCGAUUUCUUUGUUCGUGAACUCUGCGUAAGGAAUGCUUUUUCAAGGAAUCAUGAUUUAUACGGGUGGAUUUCAAAUUCGUAGAGAACAAUAAAACAUUAUUUGACGAACCCAAAAAGUAAGGUAGAACAUAGAAAUUUUCUCCAUGGUGUUUAGAGAAAUAUCCAGACGUACUUGUUUACCACCCGUUCCAAUCGGUGUACCACUUUUAGGAGGCUUUAUCUGUUCCUAUUCUAAUAUAUUAGUGCCCAAGAAAAAUUAACAGAUGCUGUCAAUCUCUCUAUUCAGUUCCAAUUCGAAAGCUACUUGGAAAAGCUUGCAGUAGACUCCCUAAAGAUGAAUGUUGACGAAUAUAAACAAAUUAGAGAUACACACACUCAAGACUGGAUCAUUGAUGAGUUGCAGAAAAGAAGCCUUACGAAAGGUCUUACCACCUACAAUUUAAGGACCCUAAGAGAAGCUCUUCUGAGGAAUCAAACCUUUGCCAAUAGGACGCAUCAACAAUGGCAGCCUGCUGAGGUAAGAGGCACCCUUACUGAAUGCCGAUAUCCAUACAAUUGUGUUUUAAGGGGCAAGUUGUCCAAAUGCCCUUUGGUCAACAAGAAGAAUAUCAAGCCAUGAGACAUCAAUUUAUUGGAAACAUACUAAGUAUUAGUAAAUAACUUAAGUAAACUUUUUCAUGCUUUAUGUUUAAUAGGUUCGCUAUCGAGGUCCUCUCACAUUCCUCAGAUGUCAGAACAGCAGAUUUUUCCCCCGUAAUCCCACAUCACGGGGCAUCGGGGAAGAAUGGAGUCAGUUGGUAGAUGAAGGUACCACAGUACUCGUGUGCCCUGGUGACCAUUACUCCUUAAGUGAGUUACCUCAAGCACAAGUAACUGGUGGUAUCCUUGCAACAGCCCUGGGCUUCACCUACCGCAUGUUGUUUCCAGAAUUCCCCACACCUCCCAGAACGUUCAACCAAAGACGUGCCGUGGGGAAACUUUCUGGCGGUGUAGGCGUGUUCCUUCACUCAAAAAAAGGUAAUUUGAAAAGGGCCUGUCCUCCGCUCGUUGUUUGAUGGUCUAAUAUCCUCUUUAAAGGUGUAUUCUAGAUUUUGGCUGCUUAUAUGGCUCCUCUAAAAGUCAUUGUUUAAAUGAGAAUGAGUUUGUCACUCGCUUUGUAACUCCCACUCCUGAGGCCAUUUACAUUGUUUUCGCAGUGUUAAAAAUGGCCCAUGCGUUAUUUUCUAUUUUUUAUUUUCAUGGCUGGCCAUUGUCAUCUUUAUGCUUUUAGUCCAACCUCUUGAAAUCGCAAAGUGUUGUAUAAAAAAAGGUUUACAAGACAGGUGCAUAAACUUGAUACUUUGCUUAUUGUUUCUUUCUUUACAAUGCACGAAAUAAACUGUCAGAGAUCUGCCUCAAAACAAGAUGUUAGACAUAGACAAACGUAUCCUGUUUGAAUCUCAUGGGUAACAAAUUUCUGUUAUACUAGGCAACAAAAUGCCGCAUCACGGAAUGCUAUUUUUCCAUGAAGAUGCCCACAAACUUGAGCUGAGAUCAAAACCUGGCGAAGAAGAAGGAAUUCAAAACGAAAAAACUAAAAAGAUCAUUGAUCUGAAAGGUAAAUAUACUUUUUAGUCUACACAGCUUUAUCAAUCUUUUUGUCCUUCGUGAAUAUUUUUUCUUGGGACGAAUUCCCUAAGAUAGGAAACAUGCUUCUUUUUCAAAAGAAGAUCAAGCGCUGAAACCGAAUCCCUCAUACAGGUCUUACCUCUCCGAAGUUAUGUCUAAGAUCUGGACAUCGGGUCUCUUAAGAAGAGUGUCGCAUUUAUUUCGUAUUUUGUUUCAAUGAAUUUAUCAGUGGAGAUCAUGCUGGGUUAACUGAUUUGGCAAGGAAACGAUUGAAGAAUUACUUGAGAGGGAAUACCAUAGCAAUAACGCCCAUGUGGAAGUUAAAGUCCCUCAACUUGAUCCUCUUCUAUUUGUUUACCCAAUACUUUCAAGUUAAAGAUGAGGUCUGAUACCUGUCAGGUUGUUAUAUUUGCUUUUAGCGAGAUACUCGACCUUCACUGUCACACUUAGCCCUCAUUCGGACGCCCUGCACCCCGUGACACAAAGAAUACCAUUGCUGUCUUAGGGAAAUUUGAAAAACUGCAGGGGGUGGUCCACAGAAGAGAUCGAGGUAAUUCUAACUCCAGACUCCAGGCCCUAUCCUUAAGGAUUAUUCAUUCCUGCAGCAUGCGCAUGCAUUACAGAAUCUUGCUUAUAACUCAUGAAAUUCAACGUUUUUCAGAACUUCGCAUGGUGCAGCCAGGAAGGUUUGUCUCCAGUGCCCUGAAGUAUACCUGGCGAAAACGAAGAGUUGGAGGUUAUGAAAGUGGAAAUUUGGGACACAUUGCUUCUGUUGCAACCAGUCGCCGCGUGUACAAUUUGGAAUUUUGUGAUUAUUCCGACUUAAAAGCGUUUUACGACAUGGUAGAAGCUGUGUUCGCUGUCAAGCUAUUGACUAUCUAGAAAUGUAGUCGUGAUAUUCGGUAGUAUUCAGGAAUGAAUUUGCUAGUUUGAAGUUUGAAGUAUCAGUGUCAACGGACACUUAAAAUUUAAUUAUAGUUUCUACCUUUUUUAUCCGGCCUACAUUAAGGAACUGUGCUCAAAAAACAUCGAUAAAUAGAUGAACAAACCGUUUUUCAACUUAGAUUUGACAUGUUAAUCGCAUCCUCGUUCGACUACCACUCCUCAUCCUUUGCGAUAACAUCGAUAGAUAGAAUAAAACGUUUUGAAAUAUUUUUUAUUGGAAAAGUUGAGAAGCACUGGACCAAUUUAUGAAAACGGAAUGAUUUAAUUGACAAGAAGCUUGCGUAGUAACCUUUUCCUCAGUUAAGCCAAACAAGAGAAGUGUUGGCUGGGCAAAAGUGAUGUGCAGGCUUGAAUGAAAACUUCCUAUCGCCUUUUUAUUUUCCUCCCCAUUCGCUCUUGUUCCUCGUGCUUGGACAAAAAGAAACGGGAAAGCGAAAAUUCUGCAGAAGCAUGAAUACCUCGUUAUUGGAACUAACUUUCAUCGUGUACGAAACCUUCAAAUUUACCUUUGGAUGAUUGAAUUUUAAAAGAAUGUCAUACACUUUCCUUUUUGAGGCCCCAAAUUUGGGUGAUAACAAUUCUGUAAACUUGAUAAACUUCAUCAGGAUGUUACAACAAACAGACUUUUUUUUUUGUUUCGUAGCCUCACUUGAGGCUCUCGUUUCCUUUCUAAUAGGUAAUGGCGUUUCAUUGGCCCUGGUAUG